AUGCGACAUUCUUACGACGUAUUCCUUCGUAGAUAUCGCCGUACGAAUAUGACGAACAAAGAAUAUACAUAUCGAUUCGACAUCUUCAAGAAGAAUGUGGAAUUGAUCGCCCAACUAAAUGCAGCAGCACAAACUGCUACCAAUUCCACUUCGUCUACAGUUCGUUUCGGUGUAACUCAGUUUGCCGAUUGGAGCGAUGAUGAAUACGAAAAAUUCACGAAUGUUGAACAAGAGCUUACUCGGACGGAGAGGGGACUGUAUUCAAAAUCCAAAUAUUAUCCGUAUGGCCCGUGGAAACAUGUAAAAUGGCACCAUCAAGAUUAUCCGCAGAGUUGGGAUUGGCGUGAACACGACGUCGUAGGUCGAAUCAAAUCUCAAGCUUUCAAAUGUAAUUCUUGUUGGGCUUAUGCGGUGACCGGUGUAGUGGAAACAUUAUAUGCGAUCAAGUACGGUAAACAUAUUGAUAUAUCCGAAUAUGAAAUGCUCGAUUGUGAUACAACUAACAGCGGUUGCACAAGUGGAAGCACUAGACGUGCGAUGGGACGAGGUUUAUCGCAUGGAUUCGUUUACACGAAAAACUAUCCAAAAAUGCUCUACAGUCGAAACAGCUGUCCACCAGUCGGUGACGUGUUCGUCAAACAGCUUUAUGAGGUUUCGCCUGACGCAAAAACAAUCGCGUGGUUCACGUCCAAUUUCGGACCGGUUGCGCUCAAUGUAGCCAUUCCACACAACUAUAAAUUCUAUCAGGGAGGUAUUAUGCUAAAUUCAUAUGAAUGCUCAACGAUGCAAGCGAAUCAUGCAGCCGAAGUGGUCGGUUACGGUGUUCAGGACGGUAUCAAGUAUUGGAUCAUGAAAAACAGUUGGGGCGAGGGGUGGGGCGAAGGAGGAUAUUUUCGUAUUGAACGAGGCAAAAAUACAUGCCUUAUUGAAAGCUUCGCAACUUCAGCUGGAGUCUGA